CCGUUAACACAUUUUCAAAGACUAUCAAAAUCACAUCUUCCCCUUUACUCAACUCUGUCAACAAAGCAACAGAAAAGGAAAGUAGAAAAGGACUUGUUGUCUCUUCUCUUUUUUACUACUCACUUCCUCUCUUUUUUUCCUCCCCUGCAAAUUCUUCCUCUGCUUCAAUGGAGCUGCAUUGGCGUUACUAUUCUUGGUUCCUUCUAUCUUCUAUCUUCAUCAAAGUUGCUUUUUGCGAUCCUGAAGGAUUCUUGAGCUUGUCUUGUGGUGGAAAUACUACCUAUGUUGAUUCCUCCAACAUUACAUGGACACCAGAUGGUGCCUAUAUCUCAGCUGGUAACAUGACCACUGUUGAUUUUCUAGAGGGUUCCUCUUCAUCUACUCUCCCAGUUAGGUUCUUUCCUGAUUCGCCACGUAGAAAAUGUUACAAGAUUCCAGUGAAGAAUGUGUCAUCCCUGGUCCUUGUCAGGACACAGUUUGUGUAUAAGAAUUAUGAUAGACAUAAUAAGCCACCUGCAUUCUCUGUUUCUCUUGGGAGGGCUAUUACAACAAAUGUCAAUCUUACUCAUAUUGAUCCGUGGAUCGAAGAGUUCAUAUGGCCAGUUGAUAAAGACAUUCUGUCUUUAUGUUUUCACUCUCUUCAAGAUGGUGGAUUUCCAGUCAUUUCAUCCCUUGAACUUAGGCCACUUCCUCAAGAAGCUUACAGCAAUGCCUUGGGAGAUUUUCCCAAUAAGUUGCUGAGGAAAUGUUAUCGUAUCAACUGUGGUUAUAAUUGGUCCCUGAGGUACCCGAUUGAUCAGUAUGAUAGAAUUUGGGAUGCUGAUGAGGAUUUCAGCCCAUUUCAUGUGUCAUCUGGUUUUGAUAUUCAAGCCAAUUUCAAUAUGUCAAUUCUGAAAGAGAGCCCUCCUGUAGCUGUUCUUCAAACCGGAAGAGUUUUAGCACGGUGGAAUGAUAUGACAUAUAAAUUUCCUAUUGAUCACCAAGGAGAUUACCACAUUGUUCUCUACUUUGCUGGGAUUCUGCCCGUCUCCCCUUCAUUCGAUGUGUUGAUAAAUGGGGAUAUUGUUCGAUCAAACUACACAGUUAAUCGAUGGGAAGUCAGUAGUCUCUUCUUUACAAUGAAAGGAAUCGAGAGCUUGAACAUCACAUUGAAGACUGUUCACUACUAUCCAUAUAUCAAUGCUCUUGAGGUUUAUGAGAUCCUAGACAUUCCCUUAGAAACUUCUUCAACAACAGUUUCAGCCCUACAGGUUAUUCAGCAGUCAACUGGUCUAGAUCUUGAUUGGGAAGAUGAUCCAUGCUCUCCUAAAUCAUGGGAACACAUAGAAUGUGAAGCAAAUCUCGUAACUUCAUUGGAGCUUUUUGAUGUAAACUUGAGGUCAAUCAGCCCAACAUUUGGUGACCUACUGGAUCUCAAAUCACUGGAUUUGCAUAAUACUUCACUUGCUGGAGAGAUACAAAACAUCGGCAGCCUGCAACAUCUUAAGAAGCUGAACUUGAGCUUUAAUCAACUUACAGCUUUUGGUUCAGAGUUAGAAGACUUGAUAAACCUUCAAAUUUUGGACUUGCAUAACAAUAGUUUUCAAGGAACAGUACCAGAUAGCGUUGGAGAACUGAAGGACCUCCACUUACUGAACCUAGAAAACAAUAAGCUGCAAGGCCCCCUGCCACAAUCUUUGAACAGAGAGAGCUUACAAGUCCUAUCAUCAGGAAAUCUGUGUCUUUCCUUCACUAUGUCUUUAUGCAAUGAAUUCUCAAGAAAUCCUACGAUUGAGACACCACAAGUCACUGUAUUUGCACCCACAAAACACAAGCGCCAUAAUCGUUUCAUAGUUAUACUUGGUGCAGUUGGAGGAGCUGUGUUUGUUCUAUUCGUUGUCUUUAUAUCAGUAUUAUUGUACAUGAGGCGAAGCAAAAGUGGAGAUACAUAUGCAUCAAGAACUGCAGCAGAAAUGAAAAACUGGAAUGCUGCAAAAGUAUUUUCAUACAAAGAAAUCAAAGCUGCUACAAACAACUUUAAAGAGGUUAUUGGCCGUGGUAGUUUUGGAUCUGUUUAUCUUGGGAAGCUUCCUGAUGGUAAACAAGUUGCUGUUAAAGUUCGAUUCGAUAAAACCCAACUGGGUGCUGAUUCUUUUAUCAAUGAGGUAUCCCUUCUAUCACAAAUCAGUCAUCCAACUCUUGUGUCGUUAGAAGGAUUCUGCCAUGAGUCAAAGCAACAAAUUCUAGUUUAUGAGUAUUUACCUGGAGGAUCACUGGCUGAUAACCUCUAUGGAGCAAUGAGCAAGAAAUUGACACUAAGCUGGGUGCGCAGACUGAAAAUUGCAGUUGAUGCUGCAAAAGGUUUGGAUUACUUGCACAAUGGAAGUGAGCCAAGAAUCAUACACCGUGAUGUGAAGAGCAGCAAUAUACUUCUGGAUGCAGACAUUAAUGCUAAGGUAUCUGAUUUUGGCCUUUCUAAGCAAGUAACUCAAUCAGAUGCAACUCAUGUUAGCACUGUUGUCAAAGGCACUGCUGGCUAUCUUGACCCUGAAUACUAUUCCACUCGACAGCUCACAGAAAAGAGUGACAUAUACAGUUUUGGAGUCGUUCUUCUUGAACUUAUUUGUGGCCGAGAACCACUUAGCCACUCGGGGUCUCCAGAUUCCUUCAAUUUAGUUCUAUGGGCAAAGCCGUACUUGCAGGCUGGUGCAUUUGAGAUAGUAGAUGAGAGCAUAAAAGGAACAUUUGACACAGAAAGCAUGAGAAAAGCUGCUUUAAUCGCCUCAAGGUCAGUGGAGAGGGAUGCAUUGCGAAGGCCGAGUAUUGCAGAAGUAUUAGCUGAGCUCAAAGAUGCAUACAGCAUUCAACUUUCCUAUUUAACAUCUGAAGGACUAGCCAAUUGAUAAAUUAGACCUUCACUACUGCAGC